UAAGAAUCAAGAGAAUGUCUAAUAAUCGUCUCAAUGAAGAUUUCUUCUCGUUCAAGACCAGUGUAAUAGAUGUGAUAUGUCAUGGUACGUGAAGCAGCAAAGGUCUUGAGAACCUUUAGAAGAAAGAGACUACAAGUGAGGGUCAUCCAGACCAGCUCCAAAUUCAAGAUGGCUGCUCAUUGACUAAAACAGAUCCAUCUUCACUGACUACUAGCUGGAUGAAUUCCGUGUUAUAUAUGAAGUAGCAGGUCUGCAACUCUUCACAACAUUUCUGAAAAAAGAAAGGAAUCACCACACAAAAUGGAGUGUACAGGUGGCACGGAUAUGGAUAUCAAUAAAAUCUACAGUGACUCAAUGAACUUUCUUGUACAAGAUCGUCAGAGGCUUCAUGGACAAUCCAAAUUACCAUUCUCCAGUGAAAAAGAUUUCAGUAGAAUCGGCAUGGCGGAAAAUUUCAUGAAUGGAAGGAGUAGCUCACCUAUUGGCAGUGGGUUUGAAUCUGACAAGUUUAAAAAUGAUGUUAUGUUCAGUAGUGCUUCUAUGCUGGAAUCAUCUGCAGAAGGAUGUUCAACAUCUGGUAGUAACAGUAAGAUUACUACAAAACCCCUAAUGUGCUCUGGUCAUAACAUGGUGUAUUCCGAGGAGUUUGGACAGAAGGUGUCAACUGAUUUACCAGUGACAGACAUAAAAAAAGAACCUUCAUCUGAAGAGGAGGAAGUCAUGGGUACAUACUAUCGAACGAAUUCACAAACAGUUUUUCCUGAAAUGAUGACCUCGCCUGUUAAAGGUGAAAGUGACCUUGGUAUAAGCUCUGCACACUCGGAAACGUCCCAAGAAAACGUAAGUUAUGUUAUAAAACAGGAACCUUUGACGGACGAUGAUGAUGUCAACGAUAAUGAUGUAGGGAAUGAAAUGUUUGGAGAUUUUUUGCUGAAAGGUAAUGAUGCAGAUGAUAGUACCAGUAAUAGCAUUACUGAACAAAAUGAAGAAAAUAAAAAAAAGCGGAAAUCCUCCAUGAUUGAAACAACCCUAAGUGACAAAAGAGUGAAAAGAAAGUCUACAGCAAAAUUAUAUAAGAAAUUUGGUGAUGAGUUUCACAUGGACAAGAUUGAUCAUCUUGAUGAAGACAGUCACCCCAAUGACUCUGAAGAAGAAUACACACCGAGCAUUUACAUUGAUCGUAAAGGUAAUAAAAUCAAGAGCAUGGAAGAUGAAAAUAAAGAAAUUGAUGUGAAAACGCCAUCAAAUAAAGGGUUCUUGAUUAAAAACAUUGAAGGGAAUAUGUUGAACAUAAAAGGGACUUCCAAGAACCUUCAUGUUAAGAUUUUUAAGUGUCCUGAAUGUAAUGACAUCUUUACGUAUGAAAGUGUUUUUAAAAAGCAUAUGAGAAAGCACACAGGUGACAUGCCCUUUAAAUGUAAACACUGUAAGCAUGGCUUCAUGACUCAGUUUAGUCAUGACCUUCACAGUCGCGUACACACGCCAGACAGAAGCUACAAAUGUGGGAUUUGUGGAGAGAAUAUGAAAUUAAAGAAAGAACUUAAAGAACACAAUGCAAUGCAUGCACGUACAAAGAAAGCUCAACAAGAGGGUUCUUCGUCUGUUAAAUCUGAACCAACAGAAAACUCAACUGGGACAAAUGAAAACAUGUCCGAUGUAGGUUUAUCACCAUUUGGUUGCAGCAUGUGUGUUUUCGUGGCAAGAGAUUUUGCGGAAAUUGGCAACCAUGUGAUGGAGUCUCAUUUUGUUGACAAGCGUUGUUUUUGUGAUAUAUGUAGUAGGCGAUUUGCUAACACUGAUGAUCUGAAAGCUCACAAGGCUAUACAUGAUGGUCAGUAUGAAGAAAUCAGUUGUGGUAUCUGUGAGGAAAUUGUGGACAGCAAAGACGACUUGAUGAAGCAUUUAGACAUUCACCCUGAGGCUAAACCCUACAGGUGUUGUCAUUGUGGCGAUAGAUUUAUUGUAUUACCACAGCUAAGAAAUCAUAUGCAAACCCAUUCCUUCACCAAACGCUACAACUGCCCACAUUGUUUAAAACAGUUUUUCCAUGAAGACACACUUGAGAGCCAUCUACGCGUCCAUACCGGUGAGAUCUCGUACAUCUGUCCUGUUUGUGACAAAGGUUUCCGAGCAAAAGACAGACUACGCAUACACAUGAGACAGCAUCAUUUGACUUAUAGUUUGUUCGAAAAUUACGAAAAUGUGAUAGCAGAUAAUGCAGGUGAUUCACUCAAAGAAUUACGAAACAAAGUCAAUUUUAAUGAAGACGACAGAAGUGGUCCUCAGGAAAACAGCACAGAAUGCACAAAUUCUUCAGAAUCUGGAACCCAAGACAGAGGAGGAAAACUUCAGAGUGAAAAUUAUAAUUCACAUCUUGAAGAACAUAGACGUUUUAUACAAAAAAAGAUAGAUCCAGAUACUGAGGAAAUAGCCGGUGAAUCGGACGCUACUUGUAGAGAUAAUAUGAAUGGUAUUUGUAGCGAAAUGAUCAACAGUUCUAAUUCUGCUGUCUUUGAGAAGCUAAGAAGACAAGGAGGACUAGAUGGGUCUAAAGUAUCGUCCAGCGGGACAGAUGGUACAGGGACACCUUUUUGUAUCUCGGUGAAAAAACUGACAAAGGUGCCUAUAUCCAACCAACCUUGUGAAAGUACAAAUACGAAGCAAAUAAAUGCAAACUUGCAAUUCGCAGAAAUGGAAAACACUAUGAAGCUACAGAUGAACAUUUACCAGUGCAAAAUAUGUGGUGCUAUGUUUGCGUACAAUAACAUGUUAAGAAAACAUAUGAAGAAACACACAGGGGACGAACCAUACAGAUGUGAUGUUUGUGGACAUGGUUAUAUGUCAUCAUCUGCCUUGAAAGCACACAAGAUGGUGCACUCUGGUGAACGGCCGUACGCAUGUGAAAAGUGUCCGAAGGCAUUUCGACAAAAGAGUAGUCUCAAAUCCCAUUUACACUUACAUGAAACACAGAAAGUUAUUGAGCAUAUUCUUAGUAAGAGAACAGAUAAAGAGGCAGGCUUGCUGCAGCAGCGUGAUGCCUUUGGUUGUAGUAUAUGUGACUCAACUUUUAGUGAUGUGCCAAGUAUCUCAAGUCAUAUUAACAAAGUUCACUUUAAGGAACUAUAUCAUGCUUGCGAUGUAUGUAGCAAACGAUUUGAUUCAAUGCAGAGUCUAGAAGAACAUCAGACAGCACAUGUCGACUCGAAGAAUUACGCUUGUGGAAUAUGUGGUCGCGAUUUCAGCGAGGAAGAUGAACUUAGUGACCACUUAAACGAGCAUCCUACUGCUAAGCCAUUUAAGUGUCAAGUUUGUUAUACACAGUUCAUUUCAUUAACUGUCUUUGCCACACACAUGGAUAUUCAUUUAGCAGAUAAAAGCGUGGUGGACACAACUAACCAGCUUUCAAACAAGGAACAGCCAAGCAAACAAUUCCCGUGCAAAUACUGCGACCGGGUGUUUUCUACUUCAGUACAGAGAUGGGCACAUUCAGCAGUGCAUGAAAAAGCACGACCCUACAGCUGCUCAAUAUGUGGAAAGAAAUACGUUAACAAGGGUAGCCUGACUAGUCAUGAAGAGAGCCAUGAAAAAGGAAAAGGGAAACGUUCACCCAGGUUAGAUAAGACGAAAAAGAAGACAUCUACGUUACCUAAGUUGAAGACAAGGACAAACAGUUCAGAGGAAUCGUCUGAUUUGUUAAAAGGGAAUCAAACACUGUUAGAUUUUGGUGAAGAUUCGGGAAAUAUCGGUGAUGAUGUAGAUGUACCAGAUGCGCUGGAUGAAAGUUAUGAAUGUGAGAGAUUAGAGCACGAAGACUUUGGCAAAGAACAUAUUAUAAAAACAGAACCCAUUUCUACUGGAUACUGUGACGAGGAACUAAACAUUGGCCUGCUAACAGAACCCCAGUCUACUGAACGCUGUGAGACAGAGGCAGAUGUUGGCCACAAAACAGAAUCUCUUACAACUGAAUAUUAUAACAUGGAGUCGAACAUUGGCUCACAAACAGAACAAAUUUCUACUGGAUACUGUGAAUCAAAUACUAUUGAGUUUAAAACAGAACCCCUAUCCCCUGAAUCCUGUGACAUAGAGUCAGACAUUGGCCUCAAAAUGGAGCCUAUUUCUACAGGAUAUUAUGACAUGAAGACAGACAUUGGUGAGGUCAACUUAUCGCUGCAAGAUCAGGAAAGCUUUAGUGGGUUACACACAAGCACAGAUGAGUCAAUUAUGGUUAAAACGGCAUCUUUUGAAAAUCAGAUGGAAGUUAAAACUGAGCAAGACGACGAUUCUCUCGCGACAAAGCCGAAAUAUGGGUGUAUAAUCUGUGGCAAGAAUUAUAUGAAUCAACAAAGUUUAAACAACCAUGAAAAAUGUCACUCAGUUGUAGUAUCAGAGCCGGUAGUAUCUGAGCCGGUAGAAUUAAUAUGCACAGAGUGUGGGGCCGAUUUCUGGAAAAAAUCUGAUCUAAACAAACACAUACGUAGACAUCACAACGAAACAAGUAAACCGUCGUUCAGGUCCAAACUGAAAAAAGUUAAAAACAAAAACAAUACCAUUCAAAAUGCCUAGUUUUUCAUUGAUUUGGCUGUCAAAUAUAGAAAACAAUGACUGAGGUUCAUCAAUUGUGACUGUGAUAUAACAUGUAUACCAUCACGAUUGUGGACUGAGUUCUGAUUUCACUUCACUUACUUACAUUUAGAUCUAAAAGUAAUAAUAUUUGGUAUGCAUCCCGAUCGGAUGUUUAGUUAUUCAAGGUGAUUUAAGAGGGUAAUAUGCUUAUAUAUGUAUCCAUUUCAGAAAUGAUGAGUUGUAUGAUGACAGCUUAACCGUGAUUUGUGUUAACAUACAAAUGUUUUUUUUUCUGGCGAGUAAAGUUUUUUUUUUAUUACAUCUUAUAGGUUAAUAAAAAAUUAUUACAUUUAUAAGCGGACAAGAGACAGUUUUUUGAAUCUACUAAAUGUAAUUUCCAUUAGAAACCCUGUCUAUUUCUUGAAAUAAAAAAAGUUAUUAUUUAUACCAUAUUAAACUUUUAACUUCGGUGCAUGUUAUUAGUUCCUGUUUAAUAGUAGGUUUCCAUAGUGAUGACGAAUGUUGUUAAUUUCAACGAAAUGUAAAAUAAAGAUAAAUAAUUCUAUUUAAAUAGUUCCCAUAUUCGGAAAUGCAUUCCAAACUGGCGUUUUUCGAUCAAAACCUAAGCUGUCCUUUUUGUCCAAUUAGCUGACUUGUCGGGGUUAAAAGAUCGAACUAAAAAGAAACGAAACUUGACAUCUAGUUGAUGUCUAAUUUAAUGGCUGGAAUUCUACAUUUGACCUCACUUUUUUUAUAACAGAUAAUAGAUAAAGAAACCUUGACCAAUUAUUGUUCAGAUAAAUGUACUUCUGACUAGGCAUACGGGAACAGGACUUUUCAUAUCUUGUGAUUGUGUCAAGCCUUUUAAUAGUAGUUAUAUAUUUCAAUUAAAUGUACUGCCAAUGUAGAAAAUGCAAGAGUUUUAUUUCAUUCCUCUUACAUAUGUUUAUAUUUAAUUCAUACACUUAGACAUUUUCAAUCUCAUUUUAUAGUUUAGCACCACAUUAAAAUAUAUAACAAUGUUGUAUGAUUUAUCGUUUAUUUUCAAGAGUUGCGUCCCUUAGUACAACACCAUAAAAUUUUACAGAAUUGCAAAACAUAAGUAUAGUAAAAUGAUAAACUUUGAAAAUAUUUAAUUCAUUAUUACCAGCUCGCUUCGAUUGUUUGUGAUUUCGAAAAUCUGUUUAUGGUUUUAUAACUUUAUAAAUCAUACUGUUAGUGGCCGUAACUGUGGUGAAACAUCAUUGGUUGCCGUUAACGCUAUUUGAACACAACCUUUGUUAUUGACAUCAACUGCCGGUAAGUUGUAUGAAUUAAAAUAAAAGGUAAUGCUUUAGUUUUUAGAGAAUGUGCUUUAUAAACGACAACCUAGGGGAGUAGCGUCUUAUAUUUAGACACAUUGUCAGCAGAUAGACCUAGGAGGGGGGGAUAAAGAAUAUACAUGUAAAUUGAUACAUAGUAAAAUCAGUUGUCAAAUUGUCAUAUCAAAUUCAAAUGUAAAGAACUGUAUGCAGGACUCAAUCGACAAAUUACAACUGGAAAAAAAAUAAAGACUUUCAUAUAUAUUAAUUGAAAAUAACUGACCGUUGAAAACGAAAUACUAUGUUUGUCAGCGUUGUCGGUUGUAGCACGAUGGACUUUAAUUUGAAGCUGUGAAUAACAGUAAAAUAAAUACUGAUGAAAGGAAACAAAAAAGACCAGAAGUUGCUGUCUUUUUGUGUGUGUGUGCAGCUGGCUCUGAUGCAAAGACGAGACAAAAAUCGUAAAUAUUUUCCCGAUAGAAUAGACAAAGCAAGGUUCAAGAUGACGGUGUAUCUGGCACCAUCAGGCACUUGUCAUGACUACAAAAUGUGAUAAUAUCAAUGAUUUAUUGAUUAACAGAAAGUCUUCGGUUUGAAUCCUUCACAUUAUAUGGGUCGUGCAUUUUUCGAUUUGAACUUUUGAUAUCAUUUUCG